CUCUACCUGGAGAAAAAACCUACAGCAUUACGUUAAGCUGAUGGUGAUGUUGGUAGGACCCCUUUGUUGCAGCCCCUUCAGCCAGCUUGGUUCCUGCUCCACUAGAGCUGAAAUGGUUUUGCCCAGGUCAGUGCAUGCAGUUCACGGCCAAAGAAAUGCUGACAAAUCUCCCCAAAAGCUGUCUUGCCCCAGGAGCCUCGUGGAAGAGCAGGAGGUCCCAGUCCAGCUCAGUUUGAGGAAGGUCACCUGAAGGCUAAAAGGGGAUGACCUAGUCUUGCACAUGCGGACAGAACUGAACUGAUCUUGGGAGGAAAAAACUUUCAGUAAGUUCUUCUUCUUUGGCUAAACACUGGCUUCAGGUUAUGGUAUGUACGCAAACAGCGGCGAAGCUUUCUAACACCCCCAACUCAGUGCAGAGUUUCUCCCUCAAUCUGAACAGUUAUCUUCUCCAAAGCUACAAGAUCCAGAAGCAAAGGCAAGAGGUCAGAUCCUCCAUCAGACGUGAAAUGCUUACACCCACUUCGCAUGGCAGAGCAUCACAGGAUUUGUCCUUGAACCAAUGAUGAUAUGCAUUGCGAAACUGUCCCCUGUGAUAGAAGCAGCACGUUCUUUGAAUGUCCUUCAAGUUGUACUUUCCACUUGACUCCUAAGCAUGGCUGUUGGAUGGAUUUUGUGACGCUCCCAAACUCUCCAGCAUCUUCAGUGAGUCUCCAUUGAAAUGCUCGCGGUGACGUGCGGUUAGCAGCAGGAGCAGUGGGAGGCAUUGCUCAGUGUUUCAGGAGGUUUCUCACUCCGGGUUCUCGUGUGCCACCCAUGGUGCUUUCUCCUGCACGCCUGGCCUCCUGAAGAUGCCCAGGAGAGCAGCUCUCCUCCCGUGGACGUUCGUGGGGCUGCUGCAGCUGGUGCUCAUCCUGUCGCAGCUGGCAGGCUGCCUCCUCAGUCCCUGUUUGGAGGUCAUCCCUAGCAAAGCUUUCAGAUGCAUGGGGCUGAACAUCUCUGGAGUUCCCCCUGAAGUCCCAAACACCACCCAGGAGCUGGACCUCAGCUUCAACAAUCUGAAAUCACUGAGCUCAAAUUAUUUUUCAUCAGUUCCUGAACUGCAGCUUCUGGAUAUUUCAAGGUGCCACAUUCAUACAAUAGAAGAUAACUCUUUUGUGGAUAUUCCUGAUCUUUCCACCUUAAUUUUAACUGCCAAUUCCCUCCGGUACCUGGGGUCAGCAGCCUUCUGUGGUUUAACAUCUCUGAAGAAACUAGUGUUGGUGGAAACCAGCAUAUCCUCUCUGACUGACCUACCAAUUGGACACUUGCAUACCCUACAGGAGCUGAAUUUGGGCCACAACAACAUUGCUUCAUUGAAGCUUCCCAAUUAUUUUUCCAACCUGACCUCUCUCAGGCACCUGAGCUUUUUCUCCAAUAAGAUUACAUAUAUCUCCAAAGGAGACCUUGAUGCCCUGAGUGAAGCAAACAGGCUCAACCUCACCUUGGUGCUCUCGCUGAAUAAUAUAAAAUACAUCCAGCUGGGAUCCUUUGCAAACAUUCAUCUUGGUGAACUGGUUCUGAGGUCCUCUUUUGAGAACUUCCACGACAUGCACACUUCUCUACACGGCCUGGCAGGGCUACAGGUCAACAGACUAAUAGUUGGAGAAUUCAGGGACAGUCAGAAACUGGAAGAUUUUCAGAAUGGACUCUUGAGUGGACUCUGCCAGGUACAGAUGCAGGAGUUUGUCUUAAUCUGUUUCAGGAAUUUUGAGAAUAACACGGACACUCUUUUUAACUGCAUAGGCAACGUCUCCAGUAUUCGGCUGGUGAAUGUCGAUCUUGAAGAGGUGUCAGAGGUUCCUAUGUUUCCUCAAGUGAAACAUCUGGAAUGCAAGAAAUGCAAGUUUAAGGAAGUGCCUGCUGUGAAGCUGUCCCUCUUUAAGGAGCUGAGAGUGCUUCGUAUUACCCAGAGCAAACAUCUUAAUAGCUUCCGGCAGAAAUUUAAGAAUCUAACUUACCUGGAGGUCAUAGAUUUGAGUGAGAAUCGGCUCUCCUUCACUUCAUGCUGUUCUCCUCAAUUUCCUGGGUCUGCAAACUUGAGACACUUGAACCUAAGCUUCAAUUCUGACAUCAGUUUGACAGGAGACUUCACCAAUGUGAAGAAUCUCUUAUACUUGGACCUUCAACACACAAAGUUAGACAACCAUGGCACCUACCCUGUCUUUCUAUCCCUUCAGAAACUCAUUUACCUUGACAUUUCCUACACCAAAACUCAUGUUAAAUCUGAUCAUAUAUUUCAUGGCCUGAACUCUCUGCAAGUGCUCAAGAUGGCAGGCAACUCCUUUGAGAACAAUAAAUUGUCCAAUAACUUCAAAAACUUGAGCCACCUCCACACCUUGGAUAUUUCAAAUUGCAAAUUAGUACUGGUGGAUCAAAGCACAUUUAAUGCUCUCUCCGAACUAAAAGAGCUGAACAUCAGCAACAAUAAGCUCCUGACCUUCGAUCCUGUAGUCUACAAGCCACUCCAAGCUCUCAUAGCCCUGGAUUUCAGCCACAACCAGCUGAGUGUCCUGUUGGACUCAGCCCUGGAAAUCCUGCCUGCUAGUCUGGUCUUCCUAGAUCUCUCUCACAACUUGUUUGAAUGCUCUUGCAGUUACCUGAACUUUAUGAAAUGGAUCAAAGAAAAGGAGGACCUGCUGCAGAACAAGCAUUUAAUGGUAUGCCACACACCUGCAUACAUGAAGAACUUGAGCCUGUCAAGCUUCUACCUGUCCUCCUGCCGUCCCAGCCCAAGCAUGGUGGCAUGCUCAGUGGUCGUAAUGCUUGCUGCAAUGGUGUUCAUAUUCCUGAUUUACAAGUACUACUUCCAGCUCUACUACUUCUUGGUGCUGCUCAGUGGGUGUAAACACUCUGCAGAAAGGGGAGACACCUAUGAUGCCUUUGUUAUCCACUCCAGCAAAGACCAAGAAUGGGUGAUAAAAGAGCUGGUCGAACCCUUAGAAGGAGGAAAACCUCCCUUCCAAUUUUGUCUUUACUACAGGGAUUUCCUACCAGGGGUACCCAUUGUCACCAACAUCAUCCAAGAAGGUUUUCUAAGUAGCAGAAAUGUCAUUGCAGUCAUCUCUACUGACUUUCUGGAGAGCAAGUGGUGUAGCUUUGAGUUUGACAUUGCCCAGUCCUGGCAGCUGGUUGAGGACAAGGCUGGAAUCAUCAUGAUUGUACUCGAAGAAGUGAAUAAGACCUUGCUGAGGCAGAAGCUGGGGUUGUCCCGAUACCUCAGGAGGAACACCUAUCUGGAGUGGAAAGACAAGGAGAUAAGCAAGCAUGUCUUCUGGAGGCAGCUCACAGGAGUCCUGCUACGGGGCAAAAAAUGGAAUCAUGAGGAGGAAAAGCUCAUGUGAAGAGAAAGAUCUCUUCAGUCCUGUUUCCCAUCCUGGCCUUGGCUGAUAGCUGGUGCUCAGAAGUUGGCUCUUCUGUGGCCGUUCAGAGCUGGAGGAGGUGGAUGGAGGCACUGUAAAAGCGCUACAGAAACACCCAUGAGCCCUUCCUCAUGGGAACUUGCAAACUAAGGAGUGACAGCAGCUAGAAGAGCUGCAGAUGCCCGAGCUCUGUGAUUGUCGGUAGCUGUCAGCUGAAGCUGGUCCAGCAUUCUCGCAGGUCUUGUAGGCUGGUGAAUGGAUGUAAGAAUGGAUGGAUCUUACCAUCAUUUUUCUGCCUCUGAAACGAGAUUUGGGUCCAGGUGACACUCAGUGGAACUUCAGGGUCGGUCACUUUGAGUGGACCCAGGACUUCCUGGGGACAGCAAAGGAACGGGAAAGAGAAACAAGAUUUGGAUCCUGAAAAUAUUGGGCAAGCCUUCCUAGGAACCAUGAUUCAGGGGAAAAUCCCUACAGAGGGAAAUGGGCUGCCCUACAGCCACAGACCAUCUGGCAACCACCCAGUGAAGCUGAGCAGUUAUGUCAUCAGUGUGUGGGGGGGUUGUUAGUGGUGGGAAAUUUCCCCAAAAUGUUUAUCUCAAUUUUAUUUGCACGAAGACCAAAUAUUGAAACCCCCAGAUAUUUCCAUGACCUGAAACUCUUAUUUAUGUCCAGAUUAUGUAGCAUUUGGGGGAGUGGUUUGGGAUUUUUGUGUGGAAUCUGAAGGUUAGUGGGACCAGAAGAAGCAGCAGAAAUGCUGAAAAUCUUUAAAGUCAAGAUAUUUCUUUGCCACAGCUGCUUCUCCUGGUCCAAUGUUUCUUUAGAGCCAGACAAUUCUAGAAGAAGCUUUUCCAGCCUAUGUACCAGCCUUAAUUCACUGGUGUAAGGUGCCAGAGGAGCCUCCAGCCCAUGGGAUGAAAUGGGCCUGAGAUAUGGUCAGACCUAAGCAUGAGCCAGCCCAUCUUCCUUCCCCCGCCAUCCUGCGGCAGCCUCUGGUCCCGCUGGGCAUCUGAAGGGUUCGGCUCCUGCAGUAACGGGUCGGAGGCUGGAAGAGAGAUUUUUGCUUUUGUUACACUGAGGACGUGCCUGGCAUUUCCCAGGGAGAAGAGAAAGAGGUGAAAAGUCUGGGUUAGCUAAACUAAAUGUAUCCCAGCACUACCCUGAAUAAAGAGAGGGGAACUCUAAAUGCCGUUCAGUCAUAUUGCUGAGAACUCUAUUGAUGUGUUGAAUAUUGAAUGCUGCUGGAGUAUUGGUCUCUAUUUACAGAAGGCUUUGGUUGGGAUUAAUCACUGAAUUAGUCUAGUUUUAAACUUGCAAAUCCUUCUAUAAUCAAUAACGUUCUACAGAGGUAAAACAGAAGCAAUUGAGUGGUGAAUCAGAUCUGAUAUUUAUUCAGAAGAAAGGGCCUGAUCCAUCUCACUUUUCUCAGCACCAGCCAGCAACAUCGCCAUGGAAGCCAGUGAUAGGUGAGAUUGACUUCAGACACUAUUUGCAAAAAAGGGAGAGCUAAUUUCAGGACUCGUGCUGGCAAAAGCCAAAUCACAGUCCCCACCCCAUGAGCUCUGUCAGCAGUAGAUCGGGCGGGAUAACACUACCAAAAAACCUACAGCCCUCUCUAAGGUCUUUUGUGACCCAUGAGGCAAAGCUUUAAUAAAACUAAGCUGGAUGCUGCGUUUGCUUGCCCAGAUGGCUUGUUUUGCAUCUGCAGAGCACUGUUGUAGCCACGAUGCUCCUUGCCUCUGCCAUGACCAUGGUGCCCGGAGCAG